AUGGCAAUCUCUUUGAGGAGUGGUAACAAGCUUCAUGGAGAACCUCCCAAGGCAAUAAAGGAGGUAGAUGUAGAUUUGAAUCCCCCACAGGGUAUACCCAAGUACUCCAUGUACUUGAGGUAUCUGGUGGCUAGUAAAAUUAAAUUACAAUAUGUAGAAGCAGUAGCACUCACUGAAGAGUGUAGUUUUAAGGUUACCCAAAAGAUGCCAAAAAAGGUUAAAGACCCAAGGAAAUUUACUCUCCCUAUUCAGAUUGGCAACAAUGAGGUGGUGCAGAAAUUAAGUGAUUUAGGGGAAAGUAUCAACUUGAUGCCCCUGUAUUUGUUCAACACAUUGGGUUUAGGGAAACCUAUACAAAGCUCUGUACUACUGCAGCUUGUAGACAAAAAGGUACCAAUAAUCUUGGGCUAUCCAUUCUUAGCAAUGGGAGGAGCGUUUAUUGAUGUAAGAGAGGGUACACUCAAAAUGAGGUUGCAGAAUGAAGAGGCGGUUGAGAAGAAGUCUGUGUACCAAAAACCUAAGCUAAAGAGCAUAGCAAAGAUUGAGUGUGGGGUCCCUACGGACCUCCUUUAUGUGUAA